AUGAAGGGUCUGGAAAACAAGCCUUAUGAUGAGCGCCUGAAGGAGUUGGGAACCUACAGCUUGUUUUGCCUUCUGAACUCCUCAGGAAGGAUGAAAGAGGCUGAUCCUGCAGACCUUGCAAGGAUGGAAGGAGGAAGAUGGACGGUGGACCUGGUCAGGCUAUCUUCUACAACUUUUGAAUGUUCCUUCGCAGGACCCCCAGAGGGAUCUGACUGUGCAAUGGCAUCAGAGCAAGACUCCCUACGAUACCCUGGAGAGGAAGAGAUCACCAUACGUCCAGCUGAGGAAUUGGUGAACAUUGAGGAGGUCUUCAGUUUUACUGACGAGGAAUGGGUCCUGCUGGAUCCAGGACAGAGAGCUCUGUAUGAGGAGGUCAUGCUGGAGAUUCAUGAGAUGGUGGUAUCUGUGGGAGAUGCUUGGGGGAUCCGAAGAGAUGGGGAAGCAUCAGAAGUGGCACCUGAAAGAGCUGAGGAGCAGGAGGAGCAACGGAAACUGCAGUUUCAAGUUGGAGCCAAGAGGGAAGAGGGAAGAGAAAUUCAGAAGGCGGGGAAAGAUUCCACUGCUUCUCAGGUUAAUGGAAACCAAAUCACCAAAGGGGAGAAAAAGUAUGAAUAUAAAGUGUGUGGAAAGAGAUAUCCUUCUCGUUCAAGGCUUACUUCACAUCAAAGAGAGCACUCAGGUGAAAAUCCAUAUGAAUGCUGGGAGUAUGGGAAAAGGUUCAUUCACAGUGAGUCCUUUGCUACGCAUGAAAACACUCAUAUGGGUGAUAAGCCUUAUAAAUGUUUGGAGUGUGGAAAGAGCUUCAGUCGCACAGACUCCCUUACUUUGCAUCAAAGAAGUCACACAGGAGAAAAAACUUACAAGUGUUUGGAAUAUGGAAAGAGCUUCAUUAAGAGUAGCCACCUCACAAGAUAUACCGAGGAGGAAGAGGCGAACGGCAUCCUCCAGACGCAGCACCGCUGCAGCCCUGACCCACUUUCUUCGGUGCUUGGAGUGACGCUGCCACCUUGCAGCGUGGAUGAGGCGCCUGGUUGGCGGGGCACGUGGCUGCUCUGCUUGGAGGAUCUUCUGGACUCCUCGCAGAAGAUCUUCUCCCGUUCUUUCUCCGCAGGCUGUGCAAUGGCAUCGGACAAACAAUGUGGACCCUCCCUACGAUACCCUGGAGAGGAAGCAAUCACCAUGCGUCCAGCUCAGGGAUUGGUGAACAUUGAAGAGGUCUCCUUCAGUGUAACUGACGAGGAAUGGGCCCUGCUGGAUCCAGGACAGAGAGCUCUGUAUAAGGAGGUCAUGCUGGAGAUUAAUGAGAUGGUGGUAUCUGUGGGAGAUGUUUGGGGGAUCCGAAGAGAGGGGGAACCAUCAGAAGUGGCACCUGAAAGAGCUGAGGAGCAGGAGGAGCAAUGGAAAUUGCAGGUUCAAGAGGGAACCAGGAGACAAGAGGGGAGAGAAAUUCAGAAGGCGGGGAAAGAUUCCACUGCUUCUCAUGUUAAUGGAAAACAAAUCACGAAAGGGGAGAAAAAGUAUGAAUGUAAAGUGUGUGGAAAGAGAUUUCCUUCUCGAUCAAGGCUUUGUUGUUGUUCAAUUGUUCAGUCGUCUCUGACUCUUCGUGACCCCAUGGAGCACUCAGGUGAAAAACCACAUGAAGGCUGGGAGUAUGGGAAAAGGUUCAAGCCUUAUAAAUGUUUGGAGUGUGGAAAGAGCUUCAUUGACAGUAACUCUCUUACCCUGCAUCAAAGAAUUCAUACAGGGGAGAAACCUUAUAAAUGUUUGGAGUGUGGAAAGAGCUUCAGUCGGGGUAACACUCUCAGUAUGCAUCAAAGAAUUCAUACAGGGGAGAAACCUUAUGAAUGUUUGGAGUGUGGAAAGAGCUUUAGGCACAGUGCCUCCAUCCUUAAGCAUCAAAGAAUUCAUACAGGGGACAAACCUUAUGAAUGCUUGGAGUGUGGAAAGAAAUUUAGUCGCACAGACUCCCUUAUUUUGCAUCAAAGAAGUCACACAGGAGAAAAACCUUACAAGUGUUUGGAAUGUGGAAAGAGUUUCAUUAAGGGUAGCCACCUCACAAGACAUAAAAGAACUCAUACAAGGGGCAAUCCUUAUAGAUGUUGGGUGUGUGGAAAGAGCUUUAGUCAAAGUGAACAUCUCACUACCCAUCAAAGAACUCACACAGGCAUAAAGCCUCAUAAAUGUCUGAAAUGUGGAAAGAACUUCAAUCGGAGUGGCCAGCUCACUAUACAUGAAAGAACUCAUACAGGCGAUAAACGUUAUAGAUGCUGGGAGUGUGGAAAGAGCUUCAUUGACAGUAACUCACUUACCUCGCAUAAAAGAAUUCAUACAGGGGAGAAACCUUAUAAAUGUUUUGACUGUGGAAAGAGUUUCCGUCAGGGUAACUAUCUCAGUAUACAUCAUAGAAUUCAUACAGGAGAAAAACCUUACAAGUGUUUGGAGUGUGGAAAGAGCUUCAGUCGCAAAGACUCCCUUGCUUUGCAUCAAAGACGUCACACAGGAGAAAAACCUUAUAAAUGUUUGGAAUGUGACAAGAGUUUCGUUCAGAGUAGCCAGCUCACAAGACAUCAACGAACUCAUACAGGGGGCAAACCUUAUAGAUGCUUGGAGUGUGGAAGGAGCUUUAGUGACAGUGACACUCUUACCAAACAUCAAAAAAUUCAUACAAGGGAAAAACUUUUUAAGUGUUUGAAAUGUGGAAAGAACUUCAGUUCCAAAGACUCCCUUACUUUGCAUCAAAGAACUCAUGCAGGUGGAAAGCCUUAUAAAUGCCUCAAAUGUGGAAAGAGCUUCAAUCGGAGUGGCCGGCUCACUAUACAUGAAAGAACUCAUACAGGGGAGAAACCUUAUAGAUGCUGGGAGUGUGGAAAGAGCUUCAGUCACAGUGCUGCCAUUAAUCAACAUCUUACAGUUCAUACAGGGAAGAAACCUUAUAAAUGUUUUGAGUGUGGAAAGAGCUUCAGUUCGGGUUACUCUCUCACUAUGCAUCAAAGAAUUCAUACAGGUGAGGAACCUCAUUCAUGUUUGGAGUGUGGAAAGAGCUUUCGUUACCCUGCAUCCCUUACCGUUCAUCAAAGAACUCAUACUGAGGAAAAGCCUUACAGAUGCUGGGAGUGUGGAAUGAGCUUCAGGGAAAGAAGCCACCUUCGUUCGCAUCAAAGAACUCAUACGGGGGGGAAACCUCAUGAAUGCUUGCAGUGUGGAAAGACAUACAGGCACAGUAGCUCUCUUACCUCGCAUCAAAGAACUCAUACAGGAGAAAAACCUUAUAAAUGCUGCGAGUGUGGAAAGAACUUCAUUGACAAUAGCUCUCUUCGCUCACAUCAAAGAAUUCAUACAGUGGGGAAAGCUUAUAAAUGCUUGGAGUGUGGAAAGAGCUUCAGUCAGAGUGGCUACUUUAAUCGGCAUCUAAGAACUCAUACAGGGGAAGAAACCAUUUAA